UUGCUCUAUCCUUAUGGGGAAACCCAAGGUGACUCAGAAAACCCAGUAGCUGAUGAUGGGAAUUCUCCAGAGAUCUCCAUCCAAAAGCCAUUCUCCUUCUACGGCAAGAAAUACGUCAACAACAAUGGGGUUAUCUCUUUUGGAAAGUACAUCUCAGCGUACACUCCUAAUGCUUUCCCUCUGAAAGAUGGAAUACCCUUUGUUGCUCCAUUUUGGUCUGAUGUUAACAAUAAAGUCAGUGGGAACAUCUUCUGGAGACAGUCUGAAGACCCAGUGCUGCUUAGUCGGUUUGCUGUGGACCUCAGUCGGUAUCACCCUGAAAUUUCUUUCAUACCCACGUGGAUGUUUGUUGCCACCUGGUACAAAGUAGGCUACUUUGGAUCUGCUUCAAAAAAGGUCAACACUUUCCAAGCUAUCUUGGCCACGGAUGAAGAAAUAUCCUUCAUCAUGCUGAACUAUGCUGAUAUACAGUGGACCACUGGAACGGGAAACGGUGGAGAUAUCCACACAGGACUUGGAGGACUCCCCGCUCAGGCUGGCUUUGACAGUGGGGACCAAAAAAAUUACUACAACAUCCCUGGUUCCCGAACUCCUGGAAUUCUCAAUAUUAAAGAGACAACCAAUGUCGGUGAACAAGGUCGCUGGGUGUUUCAAGUGGAUACAACAGUUACCGGAGUUCCCACAGCAAAAAGUGAUUGCUUGUUUAAAUAAGUGAAACCGCUUCCAAUGCAGGCCAUCUGCUUCUCCAUGCCAGCUGGGACAAGUUGAACAGCAUCUGCCAUCUUUCUCAAAUCCCUCUGCUACCCUCUUCCAACAAGAAAAAAGUUUUCUGGAGCUGCCAGUGACCGUAGAUUUAGCAAUAAAUGAUUGCACUCGCAUAGGUGGUGUCUCCAUUGUGGAGUGCAGGAAAGAAAUGCACAAUUGUUAUAUGUGUGAAUACAUCAGCCUGUGCAUAUAUAAAGUGUGUGUGUGUGUGUGUUCGUGCAUGUGUGCUCAUGUGAUGCUUUUAAGGGGACUGACGAGCCUAACACUCUAUGAAGUUGGUUUCCUUCAUGGGAGAUGGGCGCACAUGUAAUAUCCCAAAGCGUGGAAAAUGUGAUGUGGGUAUCCACACCAAUAUGAAUAGAAUAGAACGACAGAGUUGGAAGGGACCUUGGAGGUCUUCUAGUCCAGCCCCCUGCUUAGGCAGGAAGCCCUACACCACUUCAGACAAAUGAUUAUCCAACAUCUUCUUAAAAACUUCCAGUGUUGAAACUUCCAGGGUCUCCAUACACACAUCGACUAUUCAGUUCUUUAUGCCAGAGGUGUCCAAUCUUGGCCAUUUUAAGAUUCGUGGACUUCAGCUCCCAGAAUUCCCCAUCCAAGGCUCUUAAAUUUGCCAAGGUUGCUUCAGGCAAUGAGAACAGGCACAUCUUAGGAAGAUCAAACUGGGAAUUCAAUGUCAUGUAGGUCAGUACUCUUAUUGUAAAGCCUUAGUGACAAUCAGACUGAAUGUUUUCCUCUUCUCUCCCUUUGUCUUCAUCAAACUAGAGGGGGGGACGGUCUCAUCCAAAACAUUUACGCCUUUCCUGGACUUGGUCCUCUUUUAGUUAACCGUUCUCUCAAUAGUGACUGUUCCUCCUAAACCCGUGAUGGCGAACCUCUGUCACAUAUGCCACAGGUGGCACACGGAGUCAUAUUUGUUGGCAUGCACGUGCUGAUUUUUGGCCUCCCGGUGUGCCAAAAGAGGCCCCUUUUCUCCCAACGCAGGCUUCAGGAAAUCCUCCAGAGGCUGAGGAGGGUGAGAAAUAGCCCCAAUGGGUCAACAGGAAGUUCAGAAAUUAUUCAUUUCCGCUUCCAGAGGGCCUCCGGGGCCCAGGGAAGGCCGUUUUCACCUUCCCCAAAUUUCAAGAAAGCCUCCGGAGCCUGG